GCUGUCAGCUGUUAUUCGUGCAGAAGCAGUGAGCGCUCACAGAAAGCUCAGUCUCUCCUCCACCAUGGCAGAAAACAAGCGGACGCUCGUCUAUCUGAUCACCGGAGGCUGUGGUUUCCUCGGCAAGCAUCUGCUCGAUGUUUUGCUAGAGAAAGAGGAGAAGCUGGCGGAGGUGCGGGUGUUUGACAAGCACACAUAUCCCGGGUUUCACGAACAGAGGAAGACAGAUGAGGUGAAAGUGACUUUAAUCCAAGGAGACAUCACAGAUUACAGCAGCGUGUUGGAGGCCACCCGAGGGGUCGACGUUGUAAUCCACUCUGCCAGCCUGGUGGAUGUCUGGCACAAAAUCCCAGCGUUCCUCAUCUACUCCGUCAACGUUACAGGAACGGAGAACGUGAUCCGAGCGUGCGUGGAAUGUGGCGUCGAGCGCCUCGUCUACACCAGCAGCAUGGAAGUGAUUGGACCCAACGUGAACGGCGAUCAUUUCAAGAGAGGAAAUGAAGACACAAAAUACGAAGUGAAGCACACCAUGGCGUAUCCCAAGAGUAAAGCAAAGGCGGAGAAAGUUGUCUUGAAAGCUAACGGCAAAAAGCUAAAGAGUGGGAAGUGUUUGUACACCUGUUCGCUGAGACCCACGGGGAUCUACGGCGAAGGCCACCAGCUGAUGAGAGACUUCUACAACCUGGCUGCAGAAAGGGGAGGCCUGGUCAUCGGGGGCGUCCCAGAUCACAUCGAACACGGCCGAGUCUACGCAGGUAAUGUCGCCUGGAUGCAUGUACUCGCAGCUCGAGCCCUGAAGACGAAUCCUGAGAAAGUUGGCGGCGAAGCUUUCUUCUGCUACGACGAGUCGCCCUACAAAAGCUACGAGGACUUCAACAUGGAGUUGCUGUCCGAGUUCAACUUCCGUAAGGUCUGCAUGCCGGGCAUCGUCCUCUUUUUCCUGGCCAUCCUGAAUGACUUUCUGCGCUGGAUACUGAGCCCGUUCUACAACUACACGCCGCUGCUGAACCGAUACACGUUGGCGGUGGCCAGCACCACCUUCACGGUGCAAACGGACAAAGCGCAGAGGUAUUUCCAGUACCAGCCCCUUUACGACUGGAAUCAGUGUCUAGCGCGAACGCAGUCGUGGAUCAGAACGUUCCCAACAGACAAAUCAAAGGACAGCUAGCUUCACCUAAGCCACUACAAAGUCUUUUCACACGCUGCUAUAAAAAGCAGCGGGAUCCAGAUCCAGAAGGACUUGUGUUUCUUGAAACACCCUGACCUGCGAAAACCUGCAGGUACAUGCAGACGCUGAUGAAGAGUGAAAAUAAAAUGUUAAAUCACAUCUUAAUCACAAGACUACACCAUUUCUGGCUUCUUCAGUAGUGUGGUGAUCUAUAAUUAAUAUUUUACAUGAAUCCUUUCAGUCAUUCAGUAACAGUGUCAUUGCCUUACCUUCCAGAACUGUAUGUUUGAGCUUUUCCCUUUAAAAAUGUAUUUUUAUAACCGCAGUAAUGCAGUUUAGCGACGUAAUUAUUACCUGCUUCUUUACUUGUUUUAAAGGCAGUAUAAAACGCUGACCGGUGUCAUUAAAAAGAAAGGCUGAUGCUGUCUGAAAGUUGGACUGGAUGGUCUGAACUUGUUAACUGCUGCAUUUCAAAAGCAAAUACAGUACACUUUAUGGUAAGCUAUAAAAACAUGUAGCAUUCAAAUGACUUUUCUUUUUGGUCUCCUUUAUUCUUAGUUUAUAUGUUAUGACCAAAAGAAAAAACAACCAUUGUUUAUUUUGUAAAUGUGUAGUAAAUAUAUUUUAUUUAACAUCAUAUUCAAAAUUGUUUUUGUUUUUAGUAAUCGUUUUAUAAUUAUAAAUAAAGAGUAAUUUAUUCUUCAUGUG